AUGGCGCUGCCUCGGCUGCUGCUGCUGGAGCUUGCACUGUACUUCUGUGGCUUUAUUUGUGGAAUUAUUACUGCUGCCACAGUCACUCUUUCUCAGGGUGACUUUUCAGGACAUUGUAUGCUGUAUGGUUCUGUCAAGUUAAACACGUCAGGCAUUGAUGUGAAUGGGUCCAGCUCUCCCUCCCUCUGCUACUUUGUGUCUGCAAUCUCUGUAUGUGUUGCCAUCUUCUGCUUUUCCAUCAGCCUGUACUGGGUCUACACCAGCUGCGUGGAUGGAGACGUCAAAAGAGAGAGAAUAUGGAUGAGUUUGGUACUGGUCGUGUGUGGGAUCUUCCUCUUUUUCCUCUUGGUGACGGGGUGCAUCCUAAAAGUAGGCAGAGACAUACUGUGUGAUUCAGUGCUCAACACAGUGCAUAAUAUAACCAGGUGUGAUCAGGCACAGAGCAAGCCAUGGGUUCACCCUCUGGUUGGUAGUAGUUUCUAUACCAAGCUGCACAGUGCAGAGACAGCAGUGUGGGUGAAUUUCUUCAUCUGGAUAAUCAUAGCCGUUCUGGUGGUGGUCCAGCGUAGAAUGGGCUCUGAGGACAGCUCACGGGUGGAGGACAGCGGUACCACUCCAGCUGAAACAGAACCCUUUUUCAAAAGACCUGGACAGCCUAACUAAAAACAUUAAUGGCAUGCUGGCCUGGGCAUAUGCACACACAUAAACACCACACACACACACAUAUGCAGGCGCAGUACCAGUUUUGGCUGGCCCGGUCAGUGGCAUUGGUUUUGCUCCCUAGUGGUGUCAAAGCCUUGUUACCAUGGUUACUGAUCAGCAAUUGGCAGCCUGGCUUGGCAAUCAAGAAUAGGGUUGCCAGUUUGUGUUUACUUAUCUGUAGAGACUUACAGUUGAAAUUUGACUAGAUUAUUGACCACUCUCACAUAAAUGGAUACAUUAAAUUUGAUCUCUGAUUCACUGUUUUAGGGUUUGGUAGAAUUUCAGGAGGGUUAUUUUUGGGGAUGUAGCUAAAUUAAAAUACAUUUUGGAAUCAAAUAAAGAGAAUAACCUAGUGUAAUUUUUAAGCAAAGAUUUUAAAGAGAUUUAGAAUUUUUGUAUAGCUUUGGCUCCACCUACUGUCUUACCCAUGUUUUAUUUUAUUUCUUUUUAUCACUAGUGCAAUUGUUCACUGUUUUUUCUUUACCUUGGUAUUUCAAGUAUUUUACUGUUAUUUUCUUAAGGUGCUUUAUCUAUUCUGUCACAGAAUACAGAUAAACUAUUUAUCUCUGUUAACUUUUGUUCUGUGUCUAUACUAACUGUGAAAGUUUUUUUUGGGGUUUCCCCAAAACACAUAUUGCAGAAAUAGGAGUGCAUGUACAACAGCAUGGCAUGUGUUGAUGACAUAAAUCGCUUCACAAUCUCAUAAGACAUGUGGUCAUGGUAUCAAAACAAUCCUGUUGCUCACUGAACUAAACUAUUUAAGGACAGUGACACACUGACUGUCCUGUAACACACACACACAAUGACAAACUAAGAUAAUGUUUGUUAUCUUAUUACCAAUACAUUCCAUCUGUUGACCCCUUGUGACUUUUUUUACCCCAGGGGUUAGGGAACACCUGAAUAUUGCCUUUCGUUUUUCUGCACUGAAUUUAUAUUAAAAGUUUUAAUAAAUAUUUUUAAAGAAAGUGUUCCAUAAAAGAAAUGUAAUAAAGUUUUUAUUUGCUUUUAUAUCCUAUAUGUAAUAUACGUUUGUGAAACACAAUAUAUAAAAUACAAUCACACAAAUAA